CUGGAAACUAGCUUUAGAGACAGGACAGCACAACUUUCAGUCUAAAUGCGGGCAGUCUGAGGGCCUCGAUGCGGCGGAAGCUGGAGAACACACAACAAAGGACCAGAAGAAUAUCCACCAAAGCCUCAGUUUGGGCUUCUAGCUCCAGUCAAAGCAAUAUCUGGAAGCACUUUUUACCCUGCAACAACAGACAACACGCAGCAUCCCAGAUUUCAGGCCCAGCAUAGCUGCAUCAAACCACAGCGCCCGCUACGGUCAGGCCUUAGAAAAGAAGCCUGUACAGAAAUCCAGCUAGGGCUUAACGCAUCAGCCCAGAGGCUACAUAGCACGACAACCGAACUAAAAGAGUGAGCCGAGCCGGGGUCAGACACAAGGUCUCGUGAGGUCACUCCAACAGCACUUCACCCUGAUUGCCUUGUAGCAGUUGUGUGUGGCUAUAAGUGGAAGAAGGAGGGGGUUUCUCAGAAGAGAAAUGUUCUGUUUCAGUCUUGAGUAAAUGUUAUGAUAAUUUCAUUUGCGUGAGUAAUUGUGUCUGGUCUCGCAGACUGCUCUGGCGCUGGAGCGCAGAGCGGGAGAACAAAAGAGUAUCAGGCGGCACGCCCUUUGUUUAUUGGACCAAUAUGAAAGGACUGCAGGAGCAGUGAAAGAUACGAUUUGUCCGUUUCAUUCACAUCCUGCGUGUUCCAAGUUUAAUGAACGAGGAGUGUUGAGACUCUGAACAAAGGGAUCCACAGCCGUGACCUGGUUUCUGCUGGAACACAAUGUGCAUUAGAAGACUUGCAUGGCAUGUUUGUCUUAAUAUAUUCACUUUAAAACAAAGAGAUGCAGCAGGUCGUACACAGUUGAGAAAAAAAAAAAAAAGAAAAAAAAAAAAAGAAGAAUCUCUCCAAACCAUAAGACGACCAAAAGGGCACGAUCAGCACAAAUACAAAUUACUCCCUGUGAGAGCACAACAAAAUGCUUUUAACCCUGCCAUGUUUAACACAAACAAAUUCCACAGAGCAGAACAAAAAAAAGAAGUUUGCUGUUCUGACACAAUUUCAAUUCCUGUGUUGGUACAGCAUUCCAAAAGGCAAAGACAACACGCUGAAGGCGUGAGAAGUGGAAAACGCAACAAGUGAUCUGUCUUGUGCAACCCAGCGUGCCUGUUCAUACAUGUCUGUUUGUGUGAGAGAAGCUAUAGGCCUCCAGUCAGGCAGAAGGGCCUGUGCGGUGGGCUCCACUCUGGGGGGCUUUAGACGUGCCAACAGCAGGCAGGAAAUCAGGAAAUCAGCCGAGCACGGGGACAAUGAUGUGGAGAUUAGAGAUCAGUUAACCCCCUCCUCUGAGAGGGCUGACCUGUUUGCUCACUGACUAUGACUUCCUUUUAGACACAAGCACACAAUCUAUGAAACACACACACACACACACACACACACACACACACACACACACACACAGCUGUACACUCACUAACCUAUUCAAACCCAACUUGUCUCACAAACAGCUCUUGAAAUGAGUUGGGUAAUGGGUGCAGCCAACCAACCGGCAGGACUUAUCUUAACACUUAUGACUAAAUGGCCAACAUGCACCGCAACCAGGAUGAUGUCAUCUGAUGGCUGGCAACUGUUUUUUUAAGGUGGGAUGACUGGAAAUAUAAAGUAAGAAAACUAAUUGAAGAGAAGCCUCCAGCUAGGAUGCCUUAACGCCUUUUGUACUCUGACCUCACCUGGCUUAUCUCUUAGACUAAGAAGACUUUCACCGGCAACACACCUGGAGUGCUCUGCAAUGCACGACGGGAGUUGACACUGGGGAAGAUUAGCAACAAAAAAAAAAAAAAAAAAAAAAAAAAAAAAAGACGGCUCAAAUGUCCCAGGACUGAAAACACUCACCAAAGCAACAGCAUAGGACAAAGGAUGUGCGACGUAACCGUUGAACAAGCCCCAUCACGUCAAGAGAGAGUCUGUCAGGGUGCGCAGGUAGACGCUGCCUAGUUUCCUGACAGAGACGUGUGUGCAUGUGUUGGAUUCAAACAUCCUGGAUUUGCUCAGCAAGACAGGUAAGAACUAAUCGGUCUUUAUUUAUCCUUUUGUAUUUCUUUAUCCUACUAGACAAACAACUGCAUGAAAAGGAAAAACCUUGUAACCAAUUUCUUUUAACUAGUGGUUACCUUUUUCAUCAGACAGAUUCCUCAUCUGUCUCAAAGAUGGAUUGUUUACGGCCGCAUUUAGGAACACCAUUUAAAAAUUGCUUCGUGGCCAAUGUGUUUUAAUGGUCUCUUUAAUUUAUACUUGGCCAUGAAGCGUUUCCUGAACAUGAUACUCAUGGCUGAAAUCCUAAGACGCCUCCUCGGCCAAACUGACAUGUUUGGAAAGGAAUGCUGUUGCGUCCACGCUAUCCAACCUCCCGCUGCUACUAAAGUGCCGAUAAAACCUUUACGGGCCAACAAAACGUGUUUGCUGUAGUGGCUUACAAAUUUACAGAGUGAGUGUUUCAAGUCACGAACACAGAUCUAAUGUGGGCAAAGCUGUUUGGGAGACCGUAAAAAUCACAGACACUGGGCAGAUUAUCUAAUCGGUAUGCCAGAGUUGAUGUACUAAGUUCUGUUUUAUUCAAUAAAAUGAUUACAGGUCACACGGAACGCCAAAUUACUCUUUUAAGACUUUCAUUUUAAGUAUUAUUGUAUCGUUUCAUUUUGACCAAGAAUGUUUCCUCUCAAGUUCUGCUGGUGGAUGUAAAAUUUGUAAAAUAUUAAAUCCCCUAACUACACUACAAAACAGAUAAUUUAGUAAUGCCUACAGUGUUAUUUAUGGAAUAAAAAUAAUUUUUCCACACUACAGCAACAUAAACCGACUGCAUCCCGGCUAUUUGUGUUUUUCACAAAAUCCGAAACAUGUGUUCCAAAGUCAAGUUAUCAUGAUUUCUGAUGGAAGUUACGGUAAAACCUUGUGAAAAAACAAAACAACAAGACAAAAUGUGAAGAGAUACAAUUCACAAUUAGGCCAACAAAUUACCAUUUGGGAAUCUGAAUUGUUGUUGCUUUUGUUACUGGAAGUCUCGUGUCAGCUGAUGGACUUCCUUUAGAGGAAAGGCUGCAGACCACACUUGCAGUUAUAGGGAAAAAAAAAAAACUGGGAUUUGAAAAGUAAAUAUUUAGAAAUGAAAGCUUCAAAGCAUUGUUGGAAUAUCCGUGUGCCGCAAAAUUAUAUUGAAUUUCAAUAAAUCAAAAUCAAGUGGAGCAGGUGCAACCUCUAAAGAUUGGCUGCCGAUUCACAUCGACUGAUUCAGAGGAAUACUUGGAUCUGUUGCUGAUUUAGAAGCGCAAGCACAGACCUGCUCAAUAUUGAAGCAUGGUGUGAGGGAAGCCUCGGUUAUCAAAAAGGGAUUCGUAACGCAGCAUUAUCAACUUGGUAUUAGACUUGGAUUGGCUAAACUAUAACGUCUCUUUUCUUGUGUUUGAUGCAGAUGGAGUUAUGUUCAUAAGCUUCAGCCCUACCUGAGGAUUCACUGUCGAACAAAGGAGGAAAUACGAAAGGAUAUAAAGACUGAGGAUAUAUAUAUAUAUAUAUAUAUAUAACAAGGACAAACAGAAACAUUCAGGUCUAUCUCAACCAGAUCUGCAGAGAUGCCACUUAGAACAUCGCUGCAGAGGAAGCCGUCCUCUGGUCGUUGGCUCAGUAGGGGCACCAAGCGCAGGGAGGUGCUGUCUGUCAACAUGAUUAGCCUGCCGCUGGCGGAUUUCCGCCACAUCUCGCAUAUUGGCAACGAUGCCCACACGGACAGCUUUGGAGACCUGUCCUUCCUAAAGAUGGGCCACAAUCUGCUUCUCCAGAGCUCCCAGAGUGAGCAGAACCUCUUCCUGGCCUGCUCUCCGCCGCCAAAGCCCCCUCGCCUGAACCUCGAUGAGGCCGAGGGCUCCGAGGGCCCCGACAGGAAUACGCGGCACAAGAACAACACGUCGCAGAGGAGAAAGAAAUGCAGCUCUAUGCCGCUGCUGGACAAUGAGGAAAAGGAAGCGCAGAUGGAAAAGGAGGACGGGUACAAAAGUGGGAAUAAUGUUGCUCCCAAUCUGCCUCGUAACCUCGGACGGGGCAGCCUGAAUUCAGACAGGGAGGAGGACUCCACAGAGACUUGUCACAAAACUGUUAGACAGCAUGAGGAGCCGGACAGUGGCUUUUCAUUCAGCCUGGAUCUAGGCCCUUCAAUCCUGGAUGAUGUUCUCCAGGUGAUGGACAAACGCCAGUAGCCAGGCGUGACAGGAAGGCUUUACUAAACAUUUGGAAUAUGGGGGAGACCCACUUCCACACACGCCUGAUUUCAUGGACAAGUUAAUAUCCUCAAGCUAUUGUUAUGGUUGAAAUAGAUCCAAAGAUAUAUGAAUUUCUGGUCCCUGGCUACCAAGUAUAGACAAACAACCCUCGGGGAGAACUUGCCUCACCUUUUAAUGGAAACUAACCUGAAAGAGAUGACUCUGUUUGGAUUAUUUCUGUAAAACAUGUUACUUUUUAAAUCUAAAAGCACAGCAGCACCAGAUAUUUUGUCUAUAGCACACGAACAGCAUUUGUUAAAAAGUCAACAUGUUCUCCUUUAAAAAAGGUAAACAAACAAAAAGAACACUGAACAAAGUUAAUUUCCUCCUUAGAUUCACCCCCUGUAGAGGUGGGUACAAAGUUAAUGAUAAUAAGUUAAUAAUUUAACUCUCCUCCGUUGCUAUUGAAAUUCCCCAAACCACGCAGCGCAGCACUGACGACGGCUGUUAAGACUUAAGAGUGUUGUGUUUAAGAAAAGAAAAGCUGCGGCUGGAGUCCAAGGUCCUCGAGCUGUGAUGUCUUGGCUCUUGGCGUGCCUGCCAAUCUAUUGUGUGCAGAGGGCAAUUUCUCCUCCGCACGCAUCCCAGAGGCCCCACUCAAAGGUAGACCGAGGUACCCCCCAUCUCUCAUUCCCAACAAUGCCGUGAAAACAAACACUUAGCCCUGCUUCCAAUAAAUGGUGGCAGGUUGGGCUGCAGACCAAGCCAGGCCACAGGUCCAAGACCUCAGACGUUAUAAAAAAAAAAAUAAAAAAAAAGCCGAAGCAGGCUGUUUUCUUAGCUGCAAAUCAGAGUCUGAUGCUCUGGUGAGUGGCGCACGAGAAGGAAAGUGGUAAAGGGUAACGUGAUACUUCCACACAUGCAGGGGGUUUCGAGGGAGGAGGACCAGAGACAUCCAUUACUGCAGCAAAAGUCCUGAUGAGGGUUUAAACACUACCUUCUGACCAAACAGACACCUGACACGUGAAAACAGCUCGCUUGACUCUCACAUACACACACACACACACACACACACACACACACACACACACACACACACACACACAUGCACUGCAUGUACAUGAAAGCACGCAGCAUCAACCUGAGAUGUGUGCAGACAAGUGAGGUCCACUUUGCCCGGGUCUAGAGAGAAGAGAGUCGGGACAGAACCUCAGUCUGUGCCUUAGUGGGGUGGGGGUGGGGGGGCAAACCCAGAACCGGUCGCAUUCCUACGCUCCCCACGGGUCACGCUGCAAAAAAUACGAACCACAAGUGUCCCACUUCUAGCAAUAGAUUUAGACUUCUAUAUAUGUCCAAACAGAAACGGCAAUGUUUGUGGAUACGUCUGCAGUGUAUUUCUGUUUUGCCGUCUCCAAUUAUAUCUCAGAUUUCACCGACCAUCUUUCUCGGAUAUUCACAUUGUGAAACCUUUUUUUUUUUUGCAAUGAAAAAUGUACUGUUUUGUAUGUUGGGGAAGUAAAGAAAAAUAUCUUUCGCA